AUGGCGUCUGAACGAGCCAAAAAGGCGAAGGAUAGAGGGAACAAACUUUUCAAAGAUGGAAAACUAGCAGAUCUUCUAAAACACCAGACUCAGUCUCGUCAGGCCGAAAGAGUCGACUCAACCAAUCCCGUCUACCCCUCAAAUCUCAGUGCCGCACUCUACGAAGUAGGCCUUUAUGCCGACUCUAUCAACGCGAUCCUGCGCUCCUGGGUGCUCAAACCAGAGCCAGCCCUCGCCAUCAGAUUGUCGACGCGUUUAGCGAAGUCUCUGGCGCAUGGAAUCCAGGACGGGAUGUUCAACGCGUCCGUGGUCCAACAGAACGCAGAUGGGAUCAAACAGCUUGAAGAUCUGUCGACAAAGGACGCCGGUGCAGAGAAUGUGCAGGCAUGGAAGAUGUGGCGCAGUGUCCGAGCAGGACUGGAGCAUCACACAGAUUUAUCUCAUGAAGCCAAAGUCAGGCUGUCGAAGAUGCCUAUUUAUAAAAUGAUGCCAGAUCCUCAUCUGACCUUUUGGAUCUUUGGCACAGACGAUGUCAUCUCUCUCCUGGACGGCUGGGGCCCGAACAACGAGGAUCGCCUGAACCUUCGUUCCUUCAGCAAAGAGCAUAUUUCGCAGCUAUCGUUUCUGAUAGCAGGAGUCGGCGAUGCUCGCCAUGCGUUUGGAACGAUCAUCGGUUUGGGCAAGGCUCGAGAAAAGCUCACCGGCGCUUUGAAGAAAGGGCUGAGGGCUCACAUUAUGCUUCUCGACAUACAUUUUGGAACCAUCGCGCGGGAUCUCCUUCUGUUCUUGCUUAUCGCUCAUUUACAUCUACAUGGUUGGGUUAUACCAUCUUAUUGCUAUGAUCGGCUCAUGAAACUUUGCGAGGAUGCUAAAGCCCGCCUACUCGAAGAUCCGCCGCGUCUACCCUCCUGGAUCCACCUCGACAGAGGGUCUAUCAAACCCGUCAUCAGAGCGCUAGACUACUGGCUCACAGACAAGUCCAAAACCGCCUCUGGCCUCCUCGAGCACAUGACGCACGUCUCCUCUGCAGACAGCGUCAAGUGUAUGAUGUCCAUGGGCAUGAUGGGCAUGGCUAGCAUCCCGGGCUUUGACCCUAUGGCCAAGUUCCGGGCGGAUGCUGAGGACGCGCUCAGGAAGAUCGGAGACGCGACACUGCAGCUGUGGUUGCCGGAAAAGUGGGGUGCGCCGAAGGGUACGGGGCGCGAGUGGAUAAAGUGGAAGAGGGAGAAUAGGGAAAAGUUGAUUGCGUUGCUCGUUGAGAUGCAGUUGAACAAGAAUAUGGAGUAUGGGCUGGUGGGGGAGGAGCUGGGGUAUAAGCAGAUCAAUGCGUUUGUGGCCCCGCCGGAGUUGAGAGAGAGGAGACAUCCGGAGUUUGUGGAUAUUGAGGAUGUCAACAAUCUCGAUGAUGAUAAGGCGCAGACGAAGGAGUUUAAAAAGAUCGGAAAGACCAUCCUAAAGACAUGGAAACCCAACAUCACGCUUCUCGACGGUUCAAAAGACGGGUACAUGAGCGCAGACAUGGACGCGUUCAGCAUCGUCCGUAGCAUAGCGGCAUUCAACCAAGCAGAAGGCUUCCAGCAACUCGAACUCGUCUCGCGUUCUGAUUGCCCUUCGUUCCUGACGAUGUCGGGCUUCUUCCGAGCAGUCGUUGAAACGAUGAAAUCCCUCGGCGGAAAGCUUCAGGUAGAACUUAUCGUCGGAGAGAUUUGUCAAGAGCUCUCUAAGGUCCGUCUCGGGACGGAUUCGAGGCCCGGCCACUUCCCAAAGAAGUUUACGAGGAUCUGGUUGAGCAACAUCCCGGAUUACACGAACGGCACUCUGAACACCGCCACCUACAUCCUCCCAGCUCUCCAGGAGGAUAACUCGUCAGUGGGAGCAAACUGUUUGUUCAAUUCUCCCAUAUGGAAAAGUGACGACGAAUACUGCUACAAUUACACCCUUCUCCUGCCGAAAGACCUCCAGCGAUAUCUUGGUGUCCGAACCUUGAAUAACAAAGCGAUCAUGGACGUCUUGACAUUGGCUCCAAACCCCCUUCCACGACCGCUCGCCUCACUCGCCUCUCGCGAACACUUCCUCUCGUGGCUAACCAACCUGCUCGUCUAUCACGUCGUGCCAGGCAAGGCGCAACCCCGCCCGAACACGGUCAAGCAGCCCAACAACCUCGUCUGCUUCGUACGUCUCCUGGUUGAGCUGCGGAACGUCGGCUAUCCAGCGCACUGGCUCUCUGAGUUCCUGCAGGGUGUGCUGAGUGGCACACUCACGACUGACCGACUGGCGUACAAGAAGGAAUUACCGCGCCCGGUCAGCGAGAUGCAGGAGCGCACGGCGGUGCACCGUGUCCGCCUCGACCCGUGGCAUGCCGAACUUGAAAUGAUCCUCGCGUCGGCGAGGCAUGGACUGCCAUUUGCUGUGAACCUCCCAGAGGGGUACGCGAGCAGCGUUGACAACAUUGGGUAUUUCAAAGCGAGUGUGGUGCCCAACAUGGCGUUUGGGAGCAGCUUUGGGCUACCACCGCAGGACAACGUCGUUGCGCUGCUGUUUUACACGACCGCGAGCGAGCUCCACCCGCGCUCUGUCGAUGACUUCCUGGGAAGUUUGCACGCCGUGGUUGAUGGCGCCACUAUCCCACCUCCUGGGAUGUUCCAUAUAUUCACGACGCAAGAGUUUGUGGACCUCAAUAUGCGGGAGGUCCGCUGGAGGAUGAGCAAAUCCCUCGCUGCGAAGAUGAGGCGAGAGAGGUGGUCCAUGGUGCUCUGGCGCAUGGACUUCUACGUGUGCACAACUUCCCCGUGCUCUGCAAUUUCCUGGCAGAACGUCGACAGCCCCGUAUAA